UGUAAAUUUGCGCUCAUGGAACGCCAGUCUGAAUCGUCAUGGCGGUAUGGCAGAUGAUCGUGACAAAUAUCGGCGGGAAGGGGUUGUAUGUUGCGUGCGGGAAAAAUUCGCGCAUUCCCGCGAGAUCAAGAACAUAUAAUACCGUAAUGGCGACGCCGACCAACAGCGGCGGUAACCUCGUCGACGAGUUCGAAGAAUCAUUUCAGCAAUGUUUAAGUAUAUUGACAAAAGACGAGGGAUUGGGCAACAGUGGAACCGGUGCGUCUGGUGGUUUGACAGUGGAUAAAGACGAAGGUCGCGCGGAAAUAGAACAGGCUACUAUGAGAUUUAUAGAUCUGGCCAGGCAGAUGGAAGCUUUUUUUUUACAAAAGAGAUUUCUCUUAUCUGCGCUGAAACCCGAGAUGUUGGUUAAGGAAGAAAUCAACGAGCUGAAACUGGAGUUGGCUCGUAAAGAAGAAUUGAUAAAAAGACAUAAUGACAAGAUUGCUGUUUGGCAGAAUAUGUUGUCGGAUUUGCAGGGAUGGGCGCAGUCACCUGCUCAAGGCCCAGCUCCCAGUGGAUUACCCAAUGGAAAUCAAAGCGGGCAGAAUCAGCAGGCUACAAGUGGCAGUGGUAAUGCUGCAAUGCAGCAACAACAGCAAAUACUACAACAUCAGCAGCAAUUACAACAGCAAUUACAGCAGCAGCAACAGCAGCAGCAGCAGCAUCCACAAUUGCAGCAACAAUUGCAGCAACAAAUGCAACAUCCGUUGCAACCACAGGUGCAACAGGGUUCUGGUGGCCCGCCUACAUCAGGUCUUCAGGGAGUUGGUGUGCCAGUCAAUCAGCAGGGCAUGUUCAUGGCACAAGGUGGUGUAGGUGGCAGAGCUACCGGGUUCCCGGUCGGCGGUAUGGGCAGUAGCGCCCUGCAAGGGCCCCUGGCCUACCUGGAAAAGACAACGAGCAACAUAGGGAUGCCAGAGAGGCGGAGUUGACGCGGAAGGGGGAGGGGCCGGGGCCGGGGGCGUGGAAGAGG